GGAACAAGGCUCAUUUGGACUGGGACAUUUUGUGCCCCAUAGACAUAUAUGUUUUGGUAAAACCAACAUGGCGGACGUUGAGGGAAAGUUGUGCAACGAAGUAAAUGUUGCUGAAAGCAAGCGGGCCGGUAAAAGGAAAGCAAAACAAGUUACAAAGAAACAAAGAAAGAAAGCUAUCAAAGUUGAAAAAAACACCAAGAGUGCAGGAUUUGAUAAAGAAAUAUUCCUUGAAACCACAUGUUUUGUAAGAAAUGGUUUGCGAUGUGUCUAUCCUUAUUAUUUCACUUUCACUACCUUCUGCAAGGGACGCUGGGUAGGCCGUAGCUUGAUUGAUGUGUUUAAAGAAGAAUUUCGUUCUGAAACACAGGAAUACUAUGAGAAGGCAAUAAAAGCUGGAAAAAUAACAGUGAACGGUGAAAUAACACUUCAAAGUAAAAUUCUUAAAGACAAUGAUGUGAUUUGCAACAAAGUCCACAGACAUGAACCUCCUGUGACAGGGAAUCCUAUAAAGAUAAUUGCUUUAACAGAUGAAGUUGUUGUUCUUGAUAAACCCUCUUCAAUUCCGGUACAUCCCUGUGGAAGAUACAGGCACAACACUGUUGUGUUCCUUCUUGGAAAGGAGUUUGGAUUGAAAAAUCUUUUUACAAUCCACCGUAUUGACCGUCUCACUUCAGGAAUUUUGAUGUUUGCAAGAACACUGUCAAAGGCUCAAGAGCUUGAGAGUCAAGUGAGAGACAGACAAAUAGAGAAGGAAUACAUAAGUAGAGUGCAAGGAGAAUUUCCAAGUGAGGAAGUCCUAUGUGAGGAGCCAAUAAAAGUUGUUUCACACAAGAUUGGUGUGUGUCGAGUGAGUAAAAAUGAGGGCAAGCCGUGUAAAACUGUUUUCAAAAGGCUUACCUAUGACGGAAAGACAAGUAUUGUGAAAAGUGUUCCACAUACAGGCAGGAUGCAUCAAAUCCGUGUUCAUCUUCAGUGGCUUGGUUAUCCAAUUGUAAAUGAUCCAAUAUACAACCAUCAGUCGUGGGGACCCCACAGGGGUAAGGGUGGGGUGUCAGACCACCUGGUCCAGCAGGUGAUAGCCGAGCUUUCUAAAUCUCCAAACAUUGUAAACACUGAGAGCGGAACCUUUCGUGAAGAUGACCUCUCGCGUCAACAUCAACAAAACUCGACCAAUGUGAAACACGAAGCAGUCACUAUCGUUGAAAAUGAAUCACUGAAGCCAGUCUGCACCGGAUAUAAAGAUAUUGUCCCUGGGGAAUCCCAGUCUUGUAAAGAAACAGAAGAGAAAAACACAGAACUGUAUUAUGACAAAGACUGUAGUGAAUGCCAGAUACAGAGGAGAGAUCCAACUUCUGAUGAACUCACCAUGUGUUUACAUGCUCUCUCUUACAAGGGGCCAGACUGGGAAUUUAAGACAGACCUGCCAAGUUGGGCUAAAGAAGGAGUCAACUUUUCUGAAAUCAGGCAAAACAUGGAGCGGAAUUGAACUUUUAAGCUGAUUAGGGUCGAGAGGAGGGAAAAAGCAUUCCUCUUUCAAGACACGAAGCAUGAGCUUGUGCUUGAUGGCACACGACUUGAUUUGUACCAAGAUGGCUGUUCAGGAAAUUGAAACCCUUUCUUAGUUAUAAUUAAACGUCACGCUCAUGUCCACGAAUUUAAAGUUUUCAUUAAAAUAGUCAUAGCAGUAGAGAAUUUAGCCAACACCAUAGAGAUGGUCGCUGGUUGUUGCCCACUUGAAUCUAUGAGAAAUUUAAAGGAAAAAGUCCUAAUGACGAAUAUUUUGUAAGGAGGCUCUUUACUUCUAUCAUGGACGAAAACCCCUUUCUCAGGUUAGAAGGUCACGCUAAUAGAAAGAAACCAGCGGAAAACGUCAGGUGUGAAAUUUCCUGAGAAGGAUUCAUGCUGAACGGCAGGAUCGGAACACUUCCUGGUUGGAGACAAAAAGUUCCUGUGGUACCAGGCUUGGGGGAGAAUCACGGGUCAAAGCUGUGAAAUGGUCUGUAAGACUUACAAAAAGGUCAUUGAUCUUGUUUGCAAGUAAUUUGGUAUUCAUGGUAUCCCUAAGAAACUGAUGGACCACUCCUACUGGAUGUCUUGGCCUGUGAGUGACUUUAUUUGCCUCCACCACUUACUGGAAUUAGUGGAUUCCGCUUGAGCAAAUUUAUCAUGAUAGUAUUAAUUUUUGGUUUUUUUGACCUCGCACUGGACCUUGUUCCUCUAAAAUUUGUAAUUCGCAGAGUCCUUUCCAUGUCUGAGAAAUGCAGAUUGUCUUUUGCGAAUCCAGGAUUUCAGGUUUUUAGAGAUCCAGGGACGGUCAGUUGGGUGUCUCUUAACUAUUUUUCGUGGAAGGAAGGAAUCCACAGCAGAAGUAAGUUCCAUUAUCAACAGCCUGAACUUGUCUUGAUAAGACUCAUCAUUAGGAACCGAGUACCAGUCUUCUCGGUCAUCCAGCGCCCCAGCGCACGCCAUGCGGUGUCGCGCAUAUCACGUGACUCUAUUUUGAUGACCGGUUUGUGUCUGGAUGAUAACAUUGGCCUGGCCAAGAUGGUAUAAUGAUCAGAGGAUGCGACUUUGGGCAAUUGCGAAACACUGAACAACUUUGGUCUAUUUGUAAAAAACCAGUCCAGCGUACCCGAGUCUCUAGUUUUGAAAGUUA